UAUUGAAGAGGACGUUUAAACGCCUUGGAGGCGCGUGCCCGGAAUUUAUUCAAAUUAGCACGUGAACUAUCCUUUUCCAGCACUGGACUAACUUUCUAUCGACGAAAUAUGACCGAGUCAUCUUUGACCCCCGAGCUUCCGCCGACCAGCAACUACAACAUAUUGGACUUGAACAAGGAUUUGGAGAGCAUGAUCGAAGACAUUGAGAACAUGUCUGUGCAGCUGACCUGGAUGGCCUAUGACUUGGUAACACUGAGGACCAGUCCCGAGCUGGGAGCCUCUAUGCUCCAACUUAAAGAAGCUUAUAACAGAUGCAGAGUUGCUGUCUACGGAGACCUAAAGCAGAAGCCAGAGAUUGACCUUUCUACUGAGACUGCUGCCAUAACAUUUUCUUAACUGUGAUUUGUACUGUUAAGAGUUUUCAAUUUACAAGGAUGCAUUUAGACUAUGAUUGUACUGGCCAUGCUCCUAGUUGCAAUGUCUUUCUUUAACUUUUUGCAUAAAAAAGGAUGUUUUGAUGAUUGCUGGUAAUAUCACUUGUUGUUAACAUGUCCUUCAUUUGUUUUUUUCAGCAUUCAGGUGUUUUCUGAACUGCUGAACCUUGUUUGGUUAAAUAAAGACGUUUAAAUAUGAAUGAGAAU